AUGCAGGAAGUGCUGUGCCUCGCUACCGCUAUCACCGACUCCUCCGACAGCGGCGAUGACCCUGGCGUUCACAGAGGUGUGAGCAGUUGUGAAAGCAGUACGUGCGAUCGGCGCUGCUCGUGCGAGAUCGACCGCGGCGGUGAAGCGCACGCGGAAGUCGAGUAUCCCGCGCUCCGCGGCGCCGCGGCGGACGAAUGCCGGGCUCCCCUCUACAUUAGAGGCGACAUGCUGACACACCUGAUCCACUUCAACAGCUCCUUUGACCCCGAAGACCAACUGCUUACCGGUGAUUGUGAGAACAAUGCCAGUGACAGUCAGGAGCCCUGCAGCGGUCUCGCUGCCAUGACUCGCUCGACAGCGUCCGAUGUGAGCGGUGAGUCCUCGUCGCACACGCCUCCGCCACCGGCAAAUACGGCCGAGUUAUCGCGUCACGGCUCAGCAUCGAGUGAGUGUGUGUUCGGCGCAGGCGCCUUCGACGACACUCUCUGUGCGCACGCCGCACUUCCGCACGUUGCCACCGCUAUCUUCGACACGGGAAUGGCACAUCACGCCGACCGGAGCAUCGCUGACGAUCCGUUUGACAGAGGCUGCUUCCCGCCUACCCAGCCCUCUAGCGAAGCCCUCUGUACCACAGUGGGGUCGUACAUGAGCGAGGCGGAGUAUUUUGCGCCACCGUCUGCGCAUGAAAGCACGGCUGCGCCAUCCCCUGUGCCCAACGCAGCCUUAUAUAUGCCUGUCACUAACCCGAUAAAAGCGGCACUGCCAGUCACGGACGCGCUCAGUGACGGGCCCGACAUGGUAGAGAAGAGGUUGGUGGAGGAGGAGAUGGACGGCGCGGCUCUUAGCCGGAUCUGCGUCCCUAACCCACAGCUGCAGCACUUGCCGGCCGCUAAACCGUCGAAGUCACUGAGAAAAAGCAGGUCAGAGAGGUACUGUGAGCCAUGGCAGCCAGUCCUUGUCCCUCGUAAGACACCUCCUCUCGCCGCGGCGGCUGUUGUGACGGCCCCUUCAACGUUGUCGCUACCGGGUUCGUCAUUGCUCAAUUUUCAACAUAGCCCCGGCACCAACGCACUCGAGGACGAUAUCGACGAUCUGAUGCUUGCCGACGAGGUGGACAGCGCUCGAAGCAACACGACCGGCAACGACUCUCGCGUCUUCCGUGGCUCGAGCUUGAUCACAUCUAGUGCCCUCACGCCCACUGUGGAGUCUGAACAAGAGAUGGCGGGCACACCAUUGGCGGCGACAGUGGCACACUGUAGCGACGCUAACGUCUCCUUGAACCUCGAGCCCAAGACGCCGCUCGUGACCGUCACCAACCCUCAACCACCAGCAUCGCCUCCCAUUACCGUGUACCCUCGUACGGCCGGUGAUGCUGAAAUGCUUCUGGGCAAAAACGGCGAGGGCUCUCCUGGGCAGUGUGCUUGGCCACAUGUCUAUGUUCCACGACCAUCACUGAGCCUUUCCGUCGAGGAGCGGACGCUGCUGCUGAAGAGCAAGAAAUGGUUGUUUCCGCUCAUUGACGGUACGGACGAAAUAGAGUAG